UGGUUUUCCAGCCACCGGAAACGGUCUCUGCAGUGGCAGCAGAAAAUGAAAAGGAGGCAAAGCUGAGAUUUAUUUUCAUGUAUCAUCCUGGACAAAUGUGUGUUGAAUGCGACUGUUACGUGGAAACAGUGUGGAGACACCCGGUGGCAUGACUGGACUCCUGUGUGCGCGGUUUGAUGAAGUAGUGCGCCGACUGUUUUGGAAACAUCGCACCGGCCGCGAGUAGAUUGUGUGGGAUAGUAAGAGCGGUCCUGCCCCCUUCAAUGACCAACCUACAGCGCUAGCGAUAAAACUUCGCUGGCGACACCGCAACCAUGGAAGGCUACCACGGGUAUUCGUAAGCAGUAUUGCUGCAGAGCUCUUGGUCCGCAGUAAAACGGUUUCAACAUGCCCGACCGGCGGUGCUACACGAGGCUAUCAGUUGCCUGAUAAUAACGUUAAAGGCCUGCUUUUUCCAUCUGGAAAUUUCUUUGCAGGGGAAGCAGGCCAGCUAGCACUGCUAGCGUUAGCCUUUCCGCGCUGCAUUUCUGGGCUUUGGCGGUGCAGGUUUUUCCAUGACUACGCCAUCGACUUUGGUGUGUAAUUCAAUGACUGUUUAACUCAACGUAUUGUAUGGGAUUCAUAUCGGCGAAAGAGAAGCGGGCCUAAGCCAAAAUGGUGAACUGGAGGCGGCUGCUGCGAAUGUCCAACCGAUCAUUUCUGGCCUUCAUAUUCUUCUUUUCCAUGUCCACCACUUGUCUCUACUUCAUUUAUGUGGCUCCUGGAAUAGCCAACACAUACUUCUUCAUGGUGCAGGCUCAGGGCAUCAUGUUGAGGGACAACGUGAGGACCAUUGGCCAGAUGAUCCGAUUGUACACCAACAAGAACAGUACACUCAACGGGACGGAUGCGACCAGACUGACCAGCAUGUGUGUACAUGACUAUCCUGACGGUAGUAACUCCAGUGAAUACCUGGUCCAACCAACCACGUACCUCCCUGAGAACUUCACCUACGUCCAGAACCUCCCCUGCCCAGAGCGAUUACCUUCUAUGAAGGGCCUUAUGGAAGUGAACAUGACAGAGAUCCCUAUGGAGACGAUAGAGCUGAAGUUCUCCAAGUUUUAUGGCAUUGAAUUUGGAGGCCAUUGGAAACCAAAGGACUGCAGACCUCGCUGGAAGGUGGCCAUCCUGAUUCCAUUUAGAAACCGCCAUGAACAUCUCCCCAUCCUCUUCCAACACCUCAUCCCCAUGCUACAGAGACAGCGACUGCAGUUUGCCUUCUACGUCAUCGAACAGAGUGGGAGCCAGCCCUUCAACAGAGCCAUGCUGUUUAAUGUGGGAUUCCUGGAGGCUAUCAAGGACUUGGACUGGGACUGCUUGAUCUUCCAUGAUGUUGACCACAUCCCAGAGAAUGACCGAAACUACUACGGCUGUGGCCAGAUGCCACGCCACUUUGCUGCCAAGCUGGACAAAUACAUGUACAUUCUUCCAUACUGUGAGUUCUUUGGUGGUGUGAGUGGACUCACCGUAGAGCAGUUCCACAAGAUUAAUGGCUUUCCCAAUGCAUUCUGGGGCUGGGGAGGAGAGGAUGAUGACUUGUGGAACAGGGUUCACUAUGCUGGUCUGAAUGUCACAAGACCAGAAGGAGAGAUCGGCAAGUACAAGUCAAUUCCUCACCACCACAGAGGAGAAGUGCAGUUCCUCGGGAGGUAUAAGCUGCUGAGGUAUUCCAAAGAGCGACAACACCUGGAUGGCCUCAACAACCUCCGUUACAGCCCCCACAUCUCCCUCAGCAGUCUCUACAAGAACAUCACGGUGGACCUAUACCCCGAGCUCGCUCCUAUAACGGACUACUGAACUGCCCCCACCAACCCCAACCCAACCUCUCCUCCCCAGCUCACCCAGCUCCCCUCCAGCCUGGCCUCCCAGUGCCCCGUUCAGCCAUGCAGAGGAUGGAGGAGAGGAGGGGGGCACAGGACAGGGGGGUGAAGAGGCGCACCAUGUUAGCUGCCAAGAAAUCUUAGUGAGGGGAAAAAAAGAAAAUCCAAACUGAAAAAAUGAGGUGGCAGUGGCAAGUCUGUCAGAGUUAACUGUGUGUGUGUGUGUGUGUGUGUGAGAGAGAGAGAGAGAGAGAUGGGUGAGAAGCUGCAUGUCUUUUUGUCCGUGCCGGCUUAACUACUGCAAGUUGACAUGAGUCUUCGUUUAGGUUGGAGGGAGCAGCAGCAUCUCAGCUCUGAUGUUUACUGCAAAGCCUUACUGUGGCAGAACCACAGCUCCCUCUGCUCGGCUCUGCGCUGCUUCACUUCUCAUGUAUCACCGUCACCUUACAAGCCAUCGUUCUACUACCAUUUGUUUUAAACAUAUCAUAUAUUAGGCCACAGUUUUCCUUUAACGGAGGGAACUGAGCAAGGUCAGCAUUGAUGUUUUUUUAUUUUGAUACGUGGUAUUUAUUUUCUCUGGUUCAGGGUGUUUGAAGAAACACUCAUCUGUGUUUGCUGUUAGUUUUGCUGCACUGCUGCUGAAUCCGCAUGAACUCGUAUGUAAAUAUCGGCCUCUUAAAGCUCGAACACAACACAGAAAUGUAAAUAUGGGCCUUUAUGCGCUCAGGCAUAUUCCAGCGAUACUCCAGUGGGUUUGAAUUUUAUUUUGGCAGCUACCUUUGUUCUGAGGAUUUAAUAAGAGUGAGUGGUGUCUUCUAUAUAGGAUGUUUGGCUUAAAACAGAACAAAACAGAAGUAUCCAAAUCUAAAGAUUUGACAUUAUCUUUUGCAUGCCUUAAUUUAUUUUGUUUACCUGUUUUUGUUCUUCUUAAGCAUAAAUUAUUUCACCAGUUGGAGAGUGUAUAUUUUUUCAUUUUGCCUUUUUUCUUUGAGGUGCAUUGUGUGAAAAGAGUAGAGCUGCUGCUCAGAAAGAGGGAGUCCAUAGUCCACAGCAGGAGUUUGUCCACAAAGCACACUUUAGUGCAGGUUCAUGGUCUCAUGUGAGUGUACAUUUUUUUGUCUCAGAUGUGUUUUUAGUUUAUUUUCAUUUUUUUAUGAUUUUUAUUCUAGUGAGUUCUGGACAUGUGAUAAAGCUCUUCAUUGUACUGUACCAUGCUAUGAAGCAUGGGCAUUUAAGCUGGAUGCUGUGUGUGUCUGGACUGUGGUGUAAUUAUUUUCUUGCUUGAAGGGCCAGAAUGAGAGAACCUUAGUGUCAGCUCCUCACAGCUGAAGCUACUGCUGUUCUUGAAUGGCACAUGCUGUGAAAAGUUUCAUUUCUUAAAGCUUUGAGCACUAUAAAGAUGGAGUGAAACGUGUAGGCAGACGAUAUCUGAACAGAUGUUCACUGUUAGGAUUCUCGUCUAUAUCACCAUAUCUCUUUUAAAUUGGACCGUGAAUUGUGUUUUGGGACAAUUUUUUUAUUGUAUGUCCUGCAAUGAUAAGUCAGAACUCAAACCAUUUUGACCUGGCCAUUAUUUACCGUCUUAUCAGACUAUUUCAUUCAUGAGCAAGAUUCUCACUUCUCUGUGAGACCGGUCCAACGACAGCCCAUUUAGGUCUCUGGUGACCAAAGACAUGUAAGAACUUCGAACCAAAGGGUCUCUCUGUGACUGCUGCUAAGACCCACGGCUACAAACCAAUCAGAAUAAGACAUGAAACACACUGUCCAACCCAACAGAUCUCUCACCACAUCAGCUUACGUACUUGCGUCAUGUGGUUUAGGUAGGGAAUGAACUGGAGUUGGGUCAGAAGGAUGUUGGCCAUUGAAGUUGUGUCUGCUUGCAUAUUUCCUGUUUUCUUCUAUAUACGAACAGUUGGUUAGCUGAUUGACAGAGUUAAUCUGCAACUAUUUAGAUUACAGAUGGAAGUCGAAAACAGAAAUGCCAAAUUAUUCAGUCCAUUUAACCAAAUGUGAAUAUAUGUUUAGGAUAAUAAAGCAAAUAUCUUUAGAUUUUUGGUCUAUUGGGUAGACAAAGCAAGCAUUUUGAAGACAUCACGUUGAAGUCUGGGAAAUUGUAAUUUUAUAGGCAGACCAAUGAAGGGAUUCAGUGAGAAAAUCAGCAGAUUAGUUGGUUGCAGAUUUUGUUUUCUAUUCCCAUUGUAGCACUGUAAUUGACCAAGCAUUCUAACGUGCCUCAACGGUGAUGUAAUGAUGAAUAGACAUUAUCAUCUCAUCUCAAAAUGAACCUGUGCGAUGGCCGCUGGCACACAGCGUGUGCAGUCAUGCCCUCCUGUCUGUACUAGCCGGCAAAUAAAAGCAUGUCUUCUUUUGAAGUGGUGAUACUCAUGACAUGACCAAGUGUUCCACUUGGUCCAUGGCCUUGUAACCAAAGUGUUUGCACCAAUGGUGAUUUUGGUUUUAGGCUUAAACGUUACACAUGUUGAAAUGAUGUUCUGUGUGUGCUGUUAAUAUUUGGAGUAGCACACACUUGAAAGCCUUACACAAAUACAUGUUUAGUGAAGCAGUUGAUGAGGUUUUGUUGACAGUAGAUAGAUAGGUAAGAUGAAGGUGAAUAGGUUUCAGGUAUGAAAUGGCUAGAGUUAUUUCUACAGAUUUUUUCUUGUUUUAAAUAAGGGUUGGUUAGCACACCAGGGUUCCCAGCAGCCUGUACGUUGUUGUUUUCUUCUCUGAAAAGCAGAGUGUCUGAACAUCACACUGCAGUACAAUGUGGCUUGUGUUCAGUUCAGCCACAAAGCUUUAACACUUAAUAGCAUGUUGAUCUGAUCAGAGAGAAGUGCAGAGUACCUCUGAUGCUUAAGUUCACCCCUUCUAGCCGUGGUCUUUCCUGUCUGGGGAAGUGGACACCGAGCAGUGUUCAUUUAGCAGAUGCUUCUCUUGUGCAAUGCCUUCCUUAGCUUAGUACCACAAUUUUGCAUAAGAUAAGAGAGCAGCCCUGUUCUUAGGUUACUGGCUGUGAUCUGACUGAGUGUUGUUGAGAAGAACGUAGUAGUCAUAACUCCUGGUGAUCAGCUGGUUAGGGUGUAUACAAAACCAUCAUGCCAUUAAUUACGUGACCCCCCCCCCCACACACACACACACACACACACACACACACACUGCACAUACACUUUCUGUUGAUCUGCACCUCCUGUUCUGUUGCUACGGUAUUCAGUACAGCAGUAAUGCCUUAAUUAUUAACUACUGUUUGGAGUAAUCUAAAAUAUCUUCAGAAGCAGUAUUCAGAUUUUGUAAAAUUUCAAAAAGAUGAACCCACUUCUUCUGAAUGGUCUGGUACAAUUAACAAAAGGAGUCAGUUUGAACAUGACACUACGAAGAACAUGAACUGCAUGUUAGCGUUCCCUUUUACAUGUGUAACUAUCCAGCAAAUGAAGAAUGUUACAAACAUCAACUUUGUCCAAACGGCUACAAAAAGACAGGCUUCAUCAUAUUUUCUUGACUUCAGUAUUGAUUGAAGUAGUUGUUUCUACAAUCUACAACCCCCCCACCCCCCCACACAGUUUGAGUCUCAGUAUAUGGGUACCUUGGCCUCUACACGUCUCUGCCUCGGUCUGUCUGUAUUUCCCCCACGUCUGUAGUUUCAAGCAAAACAAACCUCAAUAAUUCUCUUCAGUAUACUUCCGAUUUGGGUGUCUCCAUAGACAGUUGAGACUAGGGAGGAGCAACUAGAAUGAGCCACAGAAGCCGGCAUACAACUGCUUCCCUCGGUAGAGAAGUACUUGACUAGUACACCGAUGAUAAAACAGGUGGACUUCUCCUUCAACAACUGAAGCAGUGAUAUGUCACGGUCACGGAGUGUUUCCAAGCAUGACUCUGUUAGGAGAUGGCUGACAGGGCACUCAGUAUGUAGCUCAGGCUGUGUUCCAUUAUUCUAAUGGAUCUAGUUUGCAGAAUGCUAAAAGGGAAAAUAUCUUUGUAUAAAUAUCAAAAUUUUUCAUAUUCGUCCCUGGCUCUGAUAAGCGUUGGGUGUCAGGCCAGUGGGUCCCAGUAGCUGUGGUUGACUUCACCUUUUAUCACAUGACUGUCUGAAAUCCAAAAGUAUCUAAUACCGUUCAGAUGAUGUGUUCACCAUUAGGCAACUCUAUUCCAUUCUACUGUUUUUUUAUUUGUGCCUUGAGUUCUUUUUCUUUCUUUUUCACUUUACAUUCUAACUGAAGAGAUUAAAAUUGGUUUUGUUUUUCCUGAAUUGUCGAUGAUUUGUCACCUUCUUUAAUUAUAUCAAGCCAGACUUGAAAAGUGUGACAUACGUAAAUGAUGAGACUCCAAAAGAUCAGUCUGUCUGCUCCAGUGUGUGGCUGCCUUGACAUCAUGUGUAUUAACCCACUGUAUCUCACUGGAUGCGAGUCAUGUUCAAUGCAAAGACUGAGCUAUGAGUGCAGUCUGCACAUUUAAUGUGUUACUUGCAGUUGAGGGUUCAUCUUAUUUGCCAACCAAACUUCACUGCCCACCAAAAGAAUGAACACAAGCACAUAUCCUAUCAUAUCGACAAUUUUAAGCACAAAAUUGCUUAAGCUGUGAUGCUAAUCACCGAGAACUGCAUCCUAAAACCUUUUUUUGUAGCCUAUAAUUUGCAUGGCCUAGCCUAGCAUUACAUAGGUGGUUUUAAAAAAAAAAAAGAUAAUUUCCAUCCAGUUUCCAUGUGCAUGAUGACCAGAGCUGGUAGACGGAAGCUUUGCUUUUGUGAACAGCGCUGCAGGCAGCUUCCCACUGACGAGCAGUUAUUGAACAGCAUUAUGUUGAUAGUCAUACCUGUGCACCUGGUGCAACAUGACUCCGCUUCAGACUGGUUAUGUGAUUGUUUUUGGCAACACUGUGGUCUUUAUUUUUCCAUGUUCAGCAUGCACUUCUGUCAUUGUAUGAACAUUUAUUUCAUUUGUUGACUCUGAAAAAAAGUUCAUAAUUAGAACCUUAUUGGCUGACACUGAUAUAUCUAUGAUAAUUGGCCAGUAUAUAUCUUGUCACAGAUAUCUCAAUGCAUAUGCUGGUAAAUAGAGUACAAGCAUCUACAAAUAUUCAGAUGUGUUGGAUGACAUUUAGAAACAGUGUUGCUGUUACAUAAUUUGUCCACCAGAGACUGCUGACAAGUUAUUUUUCUUGACUCCAGUCUGGGUCACAAGUCUUUAUGAACCAAUUCAUACCACACGGUACACACUGGAAAGAGCUUUCAGCCACAUCUUCUGGCAUUCACCUGCAGAUGGAGAGUGCUCAUAAUAAUGAUAAAGAAUAAAGGCCGAUAUAUCGGCCGAUGGUAGUAUAUUGCAGAUCUAUUGGUAUCAGUGUAUUAUGGCAGCCAACAAGUAACUAGAACUUGUCUUAGAGAAAUGACAAAGAUAUGUUGCCCCACAUGGUUCACUAGUAGGCAUUCUGGAGCUUUCCAUUUUCUUCAUCAUUGUCUUCCAUAGCCCCACUUAUAACGUUUAAGUCUUUUUAAUAUUCUGAACAUGUAGAAUUCAUGACAACAGGGUAAACCCCAUCCAAACAUAAUGUGAUACAAUACAGAAGCUCCCUAACAGCGACUAAUUGAACUUUUGGUGACAAGAAUGCAUUGUCAAUCUUUGAAUUGAAUUGUUUGAAUUUCGUUAGUGUUGCCUUUUACAUGGUCCUCCAGAGAGCGCUAAUAAGUUGCAUUUAACUGUAAAAUUUCCCACUCGCUACAUAUUUAAUAACAAAAAAGACAGAUUUAACCUCAUUCCAAAUAUUUGUGUUUAUGUAAAAUUAGUAUUGGUCUAUGUUAUCAAGUUUUGUAACCAUUCGAUAUCAGCCUCAAAUUCCAGUAUCAGUCCGGCUUGAAGUACCGAACCACCUUCAUUAAAACUUACACCAUUGGCUGGUGAAGACCAUGACAUGUAACUGAAAGCCCAAUAAACUGACAUGCUAAGAAUUUUGUUUCUAUCAAACUGCUUUUUCCAAGGUCAAUAUUGAACCCUCAAUAUAUGUUUGAAGAAAAUCAGCUCAUAUAUUAUCAGAGUUUUUAUGCAUACCAGUAUCGGCCUCUAAAAUCCAGCAUCUGUCUAGCUCCACUGUUACUAAUUAAAAUGUUGCAAUGAUUUUGUAAACAUUGUUUAUGGCAACACUGGUAGGUAUUUGUUGGUGGCUGGAUGUAAGCGGAGACAUUUGCUAAGUAAUGCACUUAGAGCUUUAUAAAAAAAAAAUACUAAAAUAAGAAAAGGAAUCAUUUGCUCAGUUCCAGCUCAGCUCAGUUUGGGUGAUUGACCACAUUACUUCCAUCACAGCUUGAUGUGGGACCUGUAACAUAUUUUCUUUGUAGCUCUUUGAUCCUCUGUAUGUCAUCAUUGUAUGAUCACCAAGUUUUUCAUUUCCACAUGAGUUCAUGUCGAAGAAUAAAGCGGCGUUCUCCCUCAGCCAACCCUGUGAAUAUGCUGAUGUAGCACCCACUCUUGACAUGCUCAGUUUCUUCAGUUCUUAGCUCCAUUGCCAGACUUCUGCAGUAUUUGGUAACAGACAGUAUUAAAACGGUAUGAGUCUGGUGUUGAACUGUUACUUUGUAAAGAUUUUUUCUUUGUCAACAGAAGACAAAAUAAACACUUCAUUGCCAUAUUCAGAAAAA